UUAGUUAAUGUAUGACUGACAUCAGAAACUUGUGGCCACAUCAGUGUUCUGUUCCUGCAGUCCCUUUACUUACUAGCAAAAGAAAAGGAAGAGAAAGGGGAGGAAGAACAAAAAUCACACUUUUAUGGUCAUUAUCUGUUAUUCAUGCAGUCAUACAUUAUUGCUUUUGGUUUCCAUGUCAUUCUGCAAUAUAUUUUAUUCCUUUUAGCUUAAAAAACUGAAUCUCAAGAAUGUCCUAUUCCUUCUUUAGAGUUUAUUCUCUUAUUAUCUUUGAGUGGUUUGUACAAAUAAGUUUCAAUUCUACAUGUCAGUUUAUGAGUACAAUGCAUCUUUUAUAGUCACAGAGAAAUGAAUAGACACUCCAAUGUCUGUCUUUAUACCACUGCACACAACAGACUCUAUGGUUGUUUCUCCUAUCUUAUAUUAAAAAAAAAUAAUCAUAGCAUCUGAAUAAUUUAUUCAAAUUUUACUUUGUUUCUCUAAGCAAAGCAGAUUGAGAGCAAAAAAUGAAUUAAAGAUAGUAAAAAGAGCUCUGGCUCUGAACCAUGGCUGGUUGUUAACACUGAAUUUGUUUCAUGGAAACACGCAAAUAGUGCUUCUGGACUGACGUGAAAAAGUACAGAGUUAAAAGUUAAUAUCAAAACUGAAACAAAGCCAUGUGUGCAGGCUCACAUUAAGAGCAGGACACUGGAUCCAAGGAUGUGAUCUCACUUCAUAGUAAAACAGGUCCUGCAGCCCAGGUAACUCAGGAAGCAGAAUGGUAAUUAUUCACAGAAGAGAGCAGGCAGUGUACUGUUACAAUACUACAGUAGAAAGUCAGAAGGUCACAGAGCUUGAGGGUUAAAUGAUACAACCCGACACUGCUGGGCCUCCUUUACAAAGAAAUAAUAAGAUGGGAGAGAAUGAAGCCAGUUCACCUAACACAUCUUUACAAGGUAAAAAGAUGGCUUAUCAGAAGGUCCAUGGAGAUCAAAGAACUUGCAGCCACUCACAGUACUUAGACAAUGAUGAACUUCAAACCACUGCCCUUGACUUAGAGUGGGACAUGGAGAAGGAACUAGAAGAGCCUGGUUUUGAUCAGUUCCAGCUAGAUAAUUCUGAGAAUCAGAAUCUGGGACACUCGGACACUUCAGAUCUCAAUCUUGAUUCUAUUCAACCAGCCACUUCACCUAAAGGAAGGUUCCAGCGACUUCAAGAAGAGUCUGACUAUAUUAGCCACUAUACAAGAUCUUCACCAAAGAGCAACCGUGGCAGCUUUUGCCACCUUUUAAAAUUGCUUUCCAUAGCUACAAUUUUAUUUAUUUUUGGACUUUUGAUAGGUUAUUAUACACGUGCAAAUUGCCCUUCAGAUGCUAUUUCUUCAGCAACCAAUGAUCCUCAGUUAUACCAAGAGAUUCUCAAGACAAUCCAAGCAGAAGAUAUUAAGAAGUCUUUCAGAAACUUGGUGCAACUCUAUCCAAGUGCAGUUGACACAGACAUUUCAAAGAGAAUUAAGACUCACUGGACUUCUUUAGGCUUAGAAGAUGUGCAGUUUGUCAAUUACUCUGUGCUGCUGAGUCUUCCCAGCGCUUCCCCCAGCACUGUGACAUUGAGCAGCGGUGCUCAGUGCUUCCAUCCUUCUGGCCAGCCUUGCAACCAAGAAGACAGAAAAGACAGCAGCCAAAAUCUGCUCUACUCCUAUGCUGCCUAUUCUGCCAACGGAAUCCUCCAGGCUGAAGUCAUCGAUGUGAGUUAUGGAACCAGAGAGGAUUUAAAAAUGAUUAAAAAAAUGAAAAAUACAACAAAUCAAAUUGCACUCCUAAAAUUAGGAAAAUUACCACUACUCUAUAAGAUUUCCUUGUUGGAAAAGGCUGGAUUUGGAGGUGUUCUUCUAUAUAUUGAUCCUUGUGAUGUACCAGUGACUGAAAAUCUUAACCAUGAUAAUUUCAUGGUUACCCUGAACCCUGGAGGAGACCCUUCCACACCUGGCUACCCGAGCAUUGAUGGGAGCUUUAGGCAAAGUUGGCCAAACCUCACCUCCUUGGUAGUACAGCCCAUCUCUGCCUCCCUGGUCGAAAAACUGAUUUCUUUGCCAGCAGCGACAACCAAAAAGGAUAUUUGUACCCCUCUAGAACUUCCGCAUGAAGAGAAAAGAAUUGUCCGCCUGCAAGUUCAGACAGUUACAAAGUUUAAAACAGUCACUAAUGUUGUUGGAUAUGUCAAGGGCCUGAUAUCUCCAGACCGAUAUGUUAUCGUUGGGAGCCAGCAUGAUAGUGGAUCCCCAUAUAUUGGACAAGAAUGGGCCAGUAGUACAGCAGUGAUCACAUCUCUGAUCCGAGCAGUGAUGCAGAGAGUGAAGAGAGGAUGGAGACCAGACCGGACUAUUGUUUUCUGCUCCUGGGGAGGAACAACGCUGGGAAAUAUUGGCUCAUAUGAAUGGGGAGAGAAUUUCCAGAAAGUUCUUCAAAAGAAUGCCGUGGCUUAUAUUAGCCUUGGUAGUCCAGUCAGAGGGAAUGCCAGUCUCCAAUCUGUGGCAUCACCAUCACUUCGGCAACUGGUAGUAGAGAAAAUUAAGUUCAACUGUACCAGAAGAACUCAGUGCCAGGAGAACAAUGUCAGCUCCGUGCAGAUACCAGGUGAUGCCCAUUACUUCAUCAACCAUCUUGGAGUUCCCACGGUGCAGUUGGUGUAUGAGAUCAAGAAGGCAUUGGAGGGCCCAAGUUUUCUCUCUGAGGCUAUUUUUCCUAAACAUGCAACAAAGAUUGAAGAAACAGAUCCUUUUUUCAACUUGCAUGAGACGAUUGCCAGGCUCUCAGGGGAAGUGAUUUUGCAAAUUGCCAGCGAUCCAGUUCUGCCUUUUAAUGCUCUUGAUAUAGCUUUAGAAGUGCAAAACAGACUUAAAGGUGAUCAGCCUUGUACUCAUCAACUGCUAGCCAUGGCCUCACGCCUGCGGGAGAGUGCUGAACUCUUUCAGUCAGAUGAGAUGCGGCCAGCUAAUGACCCCAAGGAGAGAGCCCCAACCCGGGUCCGGAUGCUGAAUGACAUCCUCCAAGACAUGGAGAAGAGCUUUCUUCUGCAACAGGUGCCACCAGGCUUUUAUAGCAUGUGACCAUGGCAACAGAGCUGCCAUUCCAUGCUGAAAGUUUAAGUCACCCAGGUGUGAUCUUGUCUGGCCUCAGGGAUUUUGCAGGUAACUGGUAUUAAAUGCCCUUCCCACAUUCCUUUCGAAACUGACAGCCAAUCAGGAAAGGCUGGAGGGAAAAUGUUGACAUUUUGGAAAGAACCAAUUGAAGUGUUGUAGCAGAGAGUAGAAAUAAUUCGCAGUACAACUUUCUGUGACAGACAACUUUGAGGAACUUUUCUUGCCAAAUACCAUAGAGAAGAUUAUGAGUUGAGAUUUGGUGACUUCUGUGGGUCUUGUAAAGCUACAGAAAAAGGGGAAG